CCUCAGGGGAGGUCUGGGGGCCCCUGAUCCGACACCGGGGAUUGGCUGCAGAGACCUUUAGUGCCAUCCUGACUUUAGAGGGCCCACCCCAAGCUGGUACUGGGGGGAUCGCCCUGCUCACCCUGAGUGACACAGAGGACUCCCUGCACUUCCUGCUGCUUUCCCAGGGGCUGCUGGAUCCAAAGAAGGACGGCUCCUUCCACACCGCCCUUCGGCUGCAGAUUCGGCACCAGGACCGACUCCUCAGAGAGCUCCAGGCCAACGUCUCUGCCCACGAGCCCGGCUUUGCUGAGGUCUUGCCCGCCCUGAUGGCUCAGGAGAUGCAAUGGCUGGCUUUGGGAGAGCUUGAGAUAUCCUUGGAGAGGAAGGAGGGUCCCGGGCCCCGGAUCAGCGGGUACAUCACCGCCAGGCAGAGCUGUGCCACCCUGCAGAGCGUCCUGUGUGGUGCAGAUGCCCUGGUGCCAGUGGAGACGGGGGCUGCGGGCUCUGCCAGCCUCAGGCUGCUAGGGAAUGGCUCUCUGCUCUACCAGGUGCAGGUAGUUGGCACAGCCAGUGAGGUCACAGGCGUGACUCUGGAGACCAAACCUCGGAGGAGAAACCAGCGCAGCGUCCUGUGUCAGAUGCCAACCAGGGGCCAACAAGGAGGGCAUAUGGUUGUGGGGCUGUGCCCAGAUCUGGGCGCCCGGGGCGUCCACAUGCUCCUCCAGAACGAGCUCUUCCUGAACGUGGCCACCAAGGACUUCCCCGAGGGAGAGCUACGUGGCCACGUGGCCACCGUGCCCUACAGUGGGCACAGUGCCCGUCAGGAUGUGCUUCCUGUGCCCUUGGCAGGAGCUCUGGCCCUGCCCCCCGUACGAAGCCAGGCAGCAGGGCAUGCCUGGCUGUUCCUGGAUGGGCACUGCCACUUGCAUUACGAGGUCCUGCUGGCUGGGCUCAGCGGUUCUGAGCAGGGCACUGUUGCUGUCCACCUCACUGGCCCCCCCGGCCUCCCAGGGCCCCAGCGCCUGCUGAAGGGCUUCUAUGGUCCCGAGGCUCAGGGGAUUGUGAAAGACCUCGAGUCCGAGCUACUGCACCAGCUGUCCCAAGGCAUGGCCUUCCUGCUGGUCAGCACCAAGAGCAGCCCCCGCGGGGAGCUACGCGGCCAGGUGCACAUCCCCAACCAGUGUGAGGUGGGCAGCCUUCGGCUGGCAGCGCCCCUGCCUGAAAGGGCGGCCCCUGGCCUGACGGUGGCAGCAGCGCCCGUGGGAGUCCUGAACCCCGAAGUACCCGACACAGCGGCGCCUCAGGCGGCCCCCGAGGGCUCUAAAAUGAGUGGGGGCGGACACCUCCGCGAUGCCAACACUUGUUUCUUUGAGGGGCAGCAGCGCCCCCACGGUGCCCGCUGGGCGCCCAACUACGACCCAGUCUGCUCUCUCUGCACCUGCCAGAGACGAACGGUGAUCUGCGACCCCGUGGUGUGCCCGCCCCUGAGCUGCCCUCACCCUGUGCAGGCUCCAGAGCAGUGCUGCCCCGUCUGCCCUAAGAAGCUGGAAAUUGGAGACAGGCAGAGCCUGGAUCGCAGUCGGGACCCAGGAGAAGGCUGCUACUUCGACGGUGACCGGAGCUGGCGUGCCGCGGGCACCCGUUGGCAUCCCGUGGUGCCACCCUUCGGUCUCAUCAAGUGUGCCGUCUGCACCUGUAAGGGAACCACAGGGGAGGUCCACUGUGAAAAGGUGCAGUGCCCCCGGCUGACCUGUGCCCAUCCUGUCCGUGCCAACCCCACCGACUGCUGCAAACAGUGCCCAGCGGGGGCCGGCUCUCGGGCCUGGCUGGGGGACCCCAUGCAGGCGGAUGGCCCAAGAGGUUGCCGCUUUGGGGGUCGCUGGUUCCCUGAAAGUCAGCGGUGGCAUCCUUCGGUGCCCCCCUUUGGGGAGAUGACCUGCAUUACCUGCAGGUGUGGGGCUGGAGUGCCUCACUGUGAGAGGGAUGACUGUCCCCCUGCCUUGGCCUGUGGCUCUGGGAAGGACAAUCGCUGUUGUUCCCACUGCCCAACGCGAUCCUCUGAGGCCAGGAUGGAGCCAGAGCUGGAGAAAGAAGCCGGGGGCUCUUAGGGAACCCACCGAACAAGACAGGACUGAAAAGGCCGGGGAGUGAGGGCAGUGGGGGCUGGCCCGAGAGAGCGGGGUGGGAAUAUCCUUUCAUCUCUGGGAAAACCAGUGCCCGCCGGGGCCUCAUCUCUGCCACCCUCAACCCCCACCGCCAUUUGGGGCUUGUGGUCCUGAAAGGAGGAAAGGCAGCCCCGGGCUGACCCCAGCUGGGCCAGAGCCAGGCCCCGCCACAGCAUUGCCUGCGCCUCCUCGCCCCCUCUGCCCACCUGUUUGCCCCCUUGCCCAAGAGGCCCUUCCUGGCCUUGGGCUCCCUUCGCUCCUCCCCCUGUACAUAGUGUCAUUCAUUGGCUUUUUGGUACUUUUAAUUUAUCUUCACUCAGCACAAAGGCUCCUUUCCUCCUUCUCCCCCAGCCGCACUGUCUUUGCCCUGAGCUGAGCAGAGCCAUUACUGGAAAUUUGUAUAUUUAUUAAAAAAACCCUCACUUCA